AUGGUCGCAGAAUUCACUUGGUUCUUCAGUUCCUGGAGGCUAACUGCACAAACGAACAUAUCGCAAUACAGAGAACAACACAAGGACCAUACUCUCUCGGCAUUUAUCUCAAUCGGUCAAGAACCGUCUUCACCAAUUCCUUUGGCCCCAGCUGCUCGGUGGAACCUCGAUUUCUCGAAUGAUGACAUCAAGCUUAGUCAACCUACUGGUUCCUGGUUCCUGCAGAGUGCUCUUCUACAUUUUUGA